UCGGUCGCAUCGGUUCCAGCCCUUCAUAUCAAGAAGAAGGUCUUGCUCAUAGCCUUCUAAGGAUAGGAGCUGCUGCUGCCAUCUGAAUCGGUCCUUCGAGUACCAAGGCAUCCGUCCCACUUGUCGUCAUGUCUAUGUUUCGAAAGCCAGGAGAUAGCUCUUCUAGCGAAGAUGAGUCUGGUGAAGACCACAAAGAUAACGCGCCUGUUGCAGAGGAUUCUCUGCUUUCCAGGAUCAACACUUUGGAUUCAGAUCGAUCUGUAGCAGCCUUCCCCUUGGAAGAACCAGCGCAGUUGACAGCAUCCAGCCCACUUACAAGGUCAGGCACUAGUGAUCAACUUCGCGAUCUCAUUUUGCAUUCGCUCCUGGAAGACAAAGCUCUGAGAGAUACUGCCGAGCGUCUGGGAAAAAGCACGGCUGACCCAGCAGUUCGCCAAAUUGCAAAAACCACAUAUCAAGGUCUUAGCCAGCGCUUUUCCCAUGUCCUCGAUCACACAUAUGCCAGCGACGAGAUGCAAGAGCAUCGAGCUACCGCAUUCGAGGGUAUUGAUAGGGCUACUCGAGCUCAGAUGACCGGCCUUGCUACAGAUGCUGAUGCUAUGGCGGCUGCUGAUACUAUUGCUGGCGAUUCUAGAGCACUAGUUCCACGGAUCAACGUCGAUGUUCCCAGUGCAGCACAGCCAGUAGUUUCACGUGACCUGAAUCAAAUGCUUGGUCUGCAUACGCCUAUCCCAUCCUUCCUGCAGGGGAUACAUGGACUUCACACUGAUCGGUAUGAGCGUGACUUUUCUGAAAUCGAAAUGGUAGGCAAAGGAGGCUACGGAAAAGUAUACAAGGUGAAGCACAAUCUUGACAACUCAUUCUACGCCGUCAAGAGGAUUACCGUAAGCCACACGCGAAUGCACAACAUCAGCAAGCGAGGAGCCCAGGAGAUAGAAUCUCUCUUAGAAGAGGUUAGAUCUCUUGCGCGUCUUGAGCACGGCAAUAUCGUACGCUAUCACAAUGCAUGGCUCGAAUACAAAGCGGACGAUACAGGCGGUUUGCUACGCCCGAUUCAUCUCCUUGAGGGCGCAUCGUCCGAAUACCCGAGCAGCAGCAACGCUGUGACCUUUGAAAAGGACACAUAUGGUGAGCCUGAUCAAUAUUCAGAUGCAGGUAUCGUUUUCGAAGCCAGCAACACCGGGCCUGGCGCCGAAGAGUACGACCUCCUUAGCAAACGUGUCCCUAGGCGUAAGAAUAGGCGAGCUAGCGAGGCGACAGUGGCCACCAUCUCAUCUACUGUGUCUCAUACUGGUGGCGAGACUGUAGAUGGAAAUGGCGAACAAGAUGGUCAUGAAGAGGCAUACGAUGAGGAUGUCGAAGAGAUAUCCAGGAUAGAUCAUCCAAGCCUGGAGGAAUCGUCUAGCAUGAUGUCAAACAGUGACAUGGCAACGCAUCUCCUAACGCGAACAUCGAACCGUUUCACCACAGGCCCCAGUCUUACGUUGAACGUACAGAUGUCACUUUACGAUAGUAACCUAUGCACCUUCCUCUCGUUAGAGCCGCCUGCACCUACCCACUGCUAUCACACAUGCAUUUCGCUAGAACUGGUCAACAGUAUACUUGCUGGCGUAGAAUACCUCCAUGCACGCGGAAUAGUUCACCGCGAUCUCAAACCUGCCAAUAUUUUCCUUUCGUUAUCUACCGACCGAGUUCCUCCCGCUGGCUCAGUUGCAUUGCAUGGUUGUCGACAGUGCUCUGGUAAAGACUACUUACUCGUCACACCUCGCAUUGGCGAUUUCGGCUUGGUUACCGCACUUGCCGAUAACAAUGCGACUACGGCCGCUACCGCUACCACAGCUGGUAUCAAGCCUGUAGGCACGGAGUUCUACCGUCCACCUGCUGGAGGCAUGAGAGCUAGCGAGAAGCUGGAUGUCUUCUCGCUGGGUGUCGUCACUUUUGAGAUGCUCCGACAUUUCGACACGCGCAUGGAGCGUAUCGAUGCCUUGUCCAAGCUUAGGCUGGGAGAGUUGCCAGAAGGCUUUGGCGAUGAAAUGGGCCUCCUGAUGGGCAGAGAGGUUGAGCGCCUGCUGAUUGGCAUGUUGAGGGAGGAUGAGGACGUCCGCUUUGGGUGCGCGGCGGUAAGGCAUGGAAUUGAGGAGAUUAUCUCUGCUUUGAAGAAGUAGAUGCAUGAGCAACUUGGGAAGAUGUGCUAAAAAACAAGGCAGAAUGU